UAAUCGUAUAAUUUGUACUGUUUUUAAUAAUUACAUUGUAAAUAUGUCUUAAUUAGUGAAAGUUAUUGACUUAAGAAUAGUUGUUGUAUAAUAUUUAUUUUCAAUAAAAAAUUUAAAUAGUACUGUAGAUAAAAUUAUUUCCGAGAUGGUACAAUUCUCUUCAAAUAGCGAUUCAGACGAAAUUUGGGAAGUCAUAGAUAAAGAAGAUAAUGAAGAUUUAAGAAAUUUAUCAGCUGCAGUUUAUGCAUUUAUAUUACUAAUAAUUGGUAUACCAUUAUGGUGGAGAAUGACUGAAGUUCAACGCCACUCUCUUCCUAAUAUAAUGAUCUCAGAAUUAAGUAACAGUGAAAUCAUAAUCUCAACAGACAUAUUUGUGUUUACAAAUAAUCCUUUACGUACAAAUAAUAUUAUCAGUACAAUUGAAUCAUCAUUCAAUUCAAGUAUAUUUGCAAUUAAAGCUCAGAAAUCAUCUCUUGUAUCCAAAAUUGAUGAUUUUAAACAAUUAGAAACAAUAUUAUCAUCUGUAGGCUCUUUGCAUUUAAUUGAAACUAAUCUUGUUGACAGUAUUAUAGUUGGUAUCGGACGCAAUAUUUAUUUUCCACCUAAUACAAGUGUAGAUGAAUUAGUUAAUUCAUUAAAAAAAAUAUUACAAAUUGAUGCAUUAACUGAUUCAAUGGAAUCCAUGUUAAAUCCUGGUAAACAUUCUGAAGAUGAACAAGUUGUGUCUGAUCGUCAACGUCGAAUGCGACCAUCGUCAGAAUAUAACAUAAUACUUACUGUUGUAAACCCUGAGCCUGAUAUUUUGAAAAUAAAUUGGACACCAGAAAUUCCUUUAAAUAGAUAUCUUUUGCCAUUAUUAAAUCAAUUAAGCUUAAUUGCCCGAUUCUCUGUUCAAUCACAAUGGUUGUAUUUGAUUGAUUUAACACAAAAACCUACUAACUUGAAUGGAACGUAUGUAUUGGAUAAAAACCAAGCACAAUAUAUCAUUACUCCAUUAGAAAAAAAACUUGGUUCUGGUGUAUCAAAAAGUCCAUGUCUUCACUUUGUUGUUUAUAUUACACCAUGUUCUUAUAUUCCAUUAUAUUUUCAAGACAACAAUAGGCUCACAACAUCAAUGAUGUCAGCUCGUUGGGGUGGAGUACAGUUUUUAAAUACUGAUUCUAAUAACUGCAAUAAAUCUGAAAGUUUUACACCUAAUGAUCUUAGUUUAAUGGCUCCAAUAAUUACCCAAUUCCACUCAUUAAUAGGUGUUCCAGAUGUAUCAAAAUACAUUUCUCUUAUUCCUCUAAAAUCAUCUACUUUGCGUGCUUGGCAAUUAGAUUCUAUGUAUAGACUAAAAAUUGUUGAACAAUAUAUCAAUGCGCGUAUUACACUAACUUCUCUAUCAAGACUUUUAGGUGAAAUAAGUAAUAUUGUAAUAAUUGAAGAAGUUGGAAAAGCUGUUACAGAAUCUGUGGAAGCUGCUUUAUUAGUAUUAACGUGUCUUGAGAAUGGGCAGUUAGAAGAAGCUUUAAAAUAUAGCAAAAUUGCUUUUGAAACCUCAGAGUUUGCUUUUACUCAUCCAUCAUUAUUAGCUUUACUUUAUUUUCCUGAUGAUCAAAAAUAUGCAGUGUACAUUCCAUUGUUUUUACCUGUUAUGAUCCCUGUACUUAUGUCAUUAAAAGGCAUAAAGAAAUGGAUUCAGUUUAAGUAUAAAUCUUAGUUUGUAUUUUUCUAUCUUAACAAUUUUUAGAUAUGUAAAUAUUAAUAUUAUUAAUACAUACUUUAUUUAAUGAAUUUUUUUAACCUUCAAAUAAAUAUCUGUAUUUUUAGA